UUUUCGACUGGGGCUGCUCGGCGUGGAGGAGUGAGCUGCUCCAGAAAGGGGCGGUCGCCGCUGGAGGUAGCCAGGAGGGCCAGAGCGGAGCGGGCGAGUAAGCCCGUGGUCGUCGGCCGCCGCGAUGUCAGCGCAGUGCUGUGCGGGCCAGCUGGCCUGCUGCUGCGGCUCUGCCGGCUGCUCCCUGUGCUGCGGCUGCUGCCCCAAGAUCCGACAGUCCCGGAGCACGCGCUUCAUGUACGCGCUCUACUUCAUCCUCGUCGUCCUGCUCUGCUGCGUCAUGAUGUCCAGGACCGUGGCUAACGAGAUGAAAGAGCGUAUUCCUUUUUACGAAGAUAUUUGUAAAGGCAUUAAAGCUGGUGACACCUGUGAGAAGCUGGUGGGGUAUUCAGCAGUGUACAGAGUCUGUUUUGGAAUGGCCUGUUUCUUCUUCAUCUUCUGCCUCCUGACCUUGAAAAUCAACAGCAGCAAAGGGUGUAGAGCCCACAUUCACAAUGGCUUUUGGUUCUUUAAACUUCUGCUGCUGGGGGCCAUGUGCUCAGGAGCUUUCUUCAUUCCAGAUCAGGAGACCUUUCUGAAUGCCUGGCGCUAUGUGGGAGCCAUUGGGGGCUUCAUCUUUAUAGGCAUCCAGCUCAUCCUGCUCGUGGAGUUUGCACAUAAAUGGAACAAGAACUGGACUGCAGGCACGGCCACCAACAAGCUGUGGUACGCCGCUCUGGCCCUCGUGACACUCAUCAUGUACUCCAUUGCUGCCGGAGGCCUGAUUCUGAUGGCGGUGUUUUAUACACAGAAGGACGGCUGCCUGGAAAACAAAAUUCUCCUGGGGCUGAACGGGGGCCUGUGUCUGCUCAUUUCAGUGGUGGCCAUCUCACCGUGCGUCCAAAAUCGACAGCCCCAUUCUGGGUUGCUACAGUCAGGGCUCAUAAGCUGCUACGUGAUGUAUCUCACUUUCUCAGCGCUGUCCAGCAAACCCGUAGAAGUAGCUCUAGAUGAGCAUGGGAAGAAUGUGACGAUCUGUGUGCCAGACUUUGGUCAGGACCUGUACAGAGAUGAAAACUUGGUUACUGGACUAGGUACCACUCUCUUGUUCAUGUGCAUCUUAUAUUCAUGCUUGACAUCGACGACAAGGUCAAGUUCUGAUGCUCUGCAGGGGCGAUACGCAGCUCCUGAACUGGAAGUAGCCCGGUGUUGUUUUUGCUUUGGCCCCGAUGGAGAAGACACUGAAGAACAGCAGAAUGUGAAGGAGGGACCACGGGUCAUUUAUGAUGAGAAGAGAGGCACUGUCUAUAGCUACUCCUAUUUCCACUUCGUGUUCUUUUUGGCUUCCCUCUAUGUGAUGAUGACCGUCACCAGCUGGUUCAACUAUGAAAGUGCCAACAUCGAAACCUUCUUCAGUGGAAGCUGGUCCAUCUUCUGGGUCAAGAUGGCGUCCUGCUGGAUGUGUGUGCUGUUAUACCUGGGGACCCUGGUCGCUCCCCUCUGCUGUCCCUCUCGCCAGUUCUCUGUGUGAGGAGGAUCUGAGCAGGCCUGCAGGCUGGAAGUGACAUCCUUUGAACAAGUGUCCCAGGGGUCUGAGCCGUGACUGGUGCUUCGUGAAAAGCUGGCAUCCUCUGGCUGGUUUGAGUGGGUCUGAAAAAGGCUUUCAGAAAGAAAAAAAAUCACCUGAUUUGGCUGUUUAAUUCGGAAAAUCAAAAAGAAAUAACCAUUUUAUUCCAAAAGAAUUGAAAUUUUCAACCAAGCUGAUCCUGAGUGAUAUUUUGUGUGAGUCUCCGCUCUAAAAACUGGAAGAGAAAUUAGGCUAGUAUUUUCCUUCUGUACUUUUUUUCACCAAAACAGAGUUUGGGGCAUGACAGGGAUAAAUCUGACCUUGUCAUUCUUAUCCUUGGAAUAGAAAAACUUGCCAAAAUCUUGAACCCUCAGCCCCUGACGGAAUGCAGACCCGUCUCCCACACCUCGACCGGGAGCUUCAUCUGCAGUGGGCUCUGCAGAGAGCACUCAUCCUGCAGGCUCCUUGCUCUCAGCUACUUGGUAUUUAUAGGGUCCAGGAGGAAGCACCUGCUUUUAACUCCACCCUUGUGCUGUUUCCUCCUGGCCUCCAGACGUUUCCCUUUGAAGCUGUGAUGCUGGGAAUCACAACUUCACACUCUGCCCUGGCCCUUCUCAGAGGUCCCCUCAUCCUUUCUGGGCUCAACGUCUUUGCCCUAAUGUGAAAAAGCACAAUUUGCCGUCACUACCGUGUGGUGCCCCCACUAUGCUAUUCCUUCCUGAUCCAAGUUCCUGCAAUAAUUAUGACUCCUAUUUGUGGUGUUAGUCACAUGAUUAUAGAACAAUAUCCAUGUUUUCUUUGCCUGAACGAUGGAGGGCUAUCGUUCUUACUUGUUUGUAUUAUUAAUAUUAAUAAUACUCUAGGACCUUACCUUGACUGAAGCCCGCUGCACCUCUCUUUCAGUUAUGAAAGUCAGCCGGUUUUCUCUUCCACCUAGAGGCCUUUGCAAUUGUAAAAGCAAAAGGGCUCUUGUUUCCUGGAUCUGGAAGGUGCAUGAUAAUAUUCACUGUGGUUUUUUGGAGUAGAUUUGCUGAGGUGAGGAUUCCAGGCAGCACCUCAAACUGGGCUGACCAGAUAAGGCCUAUCUCGUAUAAGUUGUAGAAGUGGCCAAAUAUACGUAGAAGAAACG